UGGUGUCUUCUAGUUAAGUGACAUCAAAUCCCGGGGGAUCUGAACAACAUCGUGUAGAGGAAGAGCUGCUGUAAAAACAUGGGAACUGAUGACACUGACUGCAUCAAUUGCCAUGUUGUACAAUAUUGCUGCACUGCCUGCCUGCAGACUGCUAUGGGAGCUGCUGUGCUAAAAUAGGGAUUUAUCUGCCAUGGAAUGUUUUUCAAAGAUGGCACAACAAGAAACCCACCAGCCUCCAGAAGAUUUAACUCUUUGCUGUGGAACAAGCUCUGAGUGACAGCAGGUGCCUCUUAGAAGCAGCCUACAAAAACAGAUAUAUCUGUUUGACUCUCAAGGUGUGGAUGAUCAUGGGAGAGCAACUGUUAAAGAACAGCAUCCUUGAUCAAUUUAUUAAUAGCCAUGAGCAGUCAUAUGAAGAGUUUCUAAAUACUUUCACGUAUCUUUUGAAAGAGAAAGAGGAAAAGACAAUUCAGGGAAGUAAAGUGGACUCCUUAAGAAAAGAAUGUUCUACUAUUGAAUUACCAAACAGAAAUAAACAGGAUGGCUCACCUGAAAGAAGCGAAGAAAUGUGGGCGUCAUUUCCACCACGGAUGCCAAAUGAGAAUGAGACAGUGAUGAAUGAGAGCUCAACAGCUGGUGCCUCUGAUGGAAGUAAUCUCGGUCUGUCUGAAAGACUGAAGGUGGACGAGUACUUACACUUGGAAGAUGUAGACACAGAUGAAGAGACAUGCAGUGCAGGGUCAUUAGUUCUCCCAGGAGAGGUGGAAGAGACAGUGACUUGCUGUACACCCUUCUUUGAUAAGCCUGUUCAGCCAAAGUUCAGAGCCCUGUCAGUUCCCCAGCCAUCAGACAGCAAAGCCCAAGAGCUACUGGGUGAUGAUGUUCAGCCAUUCUCACUUGAUGAAGAAUUUGAUUAUGACAAUGUGGCGCUGACCCCUAAGUUCUCUGAAGCUGAGCUGAAGGCCAUUAUUGAGUUGUCUGAAGAGAAAAGGGGCACAGAUGUCAAAUCAGGACAAGCUGAAGACUGAGUCAAAGGUGUUCUGUGCAGGGCUGUUGGAAUGACCUUUUUAUGGGAUGAAUGUAGCUCCUCGUUGUACCCUAAUUUAUGGUUCUUAUCUGCAUGGCCACUAAAUGGCAUCCCUGAGAUUUGUCAUUUAUUCUGUCAAGGUGCCUUGGAUCCUGUACUGUCUCAGGAUUAAGUGUGCUGGAGAAACCUCUCCAUAGGAGCAAAACAAGCUGGUGGAUUUCAGAAUAGCAUCGUGGCUACUCUUGCUUAUAUCUGGUACUGACUCGGUUCCUGUGUAGUGCAAAGCUGGUCCUAAAGCUGUCUUUUACCUCAUUCUCUCAGUAAUGCAAUUAAGAGUUUUUUAACAGCUGACAAAUCAGUCUAUGAACUCUUUGAAUGUAUAGAGAUGCAUGAGUGAAUAAAUCUGGGAAUAUUUUUUUUCUCUGUCUUUUGAGUUACUUUAGUUCUGCAAAAAAUAAACAUUCCUGUUUCCAACAAACUUUAUGUGUUGAUC